CUCACCUGUCUCUUCCCUCUGCGCGUCGCCGUAGCAGCAUCACCGUUUUACCCAGCGCGUCUAAAAACGCCCAACCAACUACAAAAACGUCUCUGUUUCUGCCCCUGGAGAAAAACAGUCGGUGUUCCGUAGGUGUAAACAAGAACCUAUCCGGGGUUUCUGUGAUCCAGCUCACGUUCUCUCCCCCGACAGCAGUGGGUAAAGGAGCCUGGAAACCCUCCUGCAGUUGCGUAUGCUGUACGAAGUCUUGUGCACCAGGCAGAGGAGCCGGUCAGUUGUCUGCACUUGGUUGAGCCACGGCUGUGGAGCCACUGUAGUCAGCAGAAUGUAAUCUCCUUUUUGAAUUUACAGAGGCGAGGUGAAAUGUCCACGCAGAGCAGGCACAGUGACAGCAGGGGCCCAUAAUUCACAGCCCCUGAAACCCGGUCCUGCAGUGGAUCUGUGAUGAAUGGAGUCUCUCUCUCUCUCUCGCUCGCUCUCUCCUCUCUCUCCCCCAUCAGACACACACACACACACAGAUACACAGGUUACCACGUAUUUCUGUUAGGACAUUUCUACGACUGCUGUGUAGUUCAUCUGAACCAAUUAACUAAUUAAUUAGUCAAACUAACGGUCACUUUAAGGGCAUUGACAGCUGCGUUAAACUUCAUUAGGACCAUUUAAAACCGCCGUCAUCGGGCUGUCACUGAAGUCUCCCCAUAUACAUACAUAUUUUGUAUUAAUUAUUUAAAUUGUUAUAUAUAUACACAUAUAUUAAUUACAAUAUUAUUUAAAAUGCAUAUAUGGUAGUACUUCAAUUACAAACUGAUAGAGAGGCAAAGCAGGGCUGCCUGUACAAAAUGUUGGAUUUAUAUUAAAGUGUAUAUGAUAAAACGGAGUAUUAUAAACAAUAUGAAGUCCAAUGUCACAAAUGUCCAAUGGACAGAUGGGGGAGUCGGGGGGGGAGGGUUAAAGUGGUCUUAUUACCUGUGGAAAUUCUGCUUGGAUACUGCAUCAUGUAACUGCAGUGGUUUUUAAUUUUUUUUAAAUGUAUUGAAAUUGUUUAGAUGAAGCUCCAUCACUGACAUUCCGAAUAAACCCAAUUAAAAUAGAAAAUAGGACAUCUUAAAUGUCUAUCUCUACAAUUACUAUUAGACCCUUAUUUUUAUUUCAUUUUAUUUUACUUUAUUUUUAAAAAACAAAACAAUGGUAUUUCUGUUAGUUUUGAAAGGGAACAUGCGCUUACAUCAUUUCCGGCUCCAGUCGUACUGUAGUAGGAAAAAACUGGCUGCUGUUAAUUUCGGCUAGCUAGUCUCGACAGCUGUCAGUACACAUAAGGUAAAUUAUCCAUGUCAAGGCACAAGACGGAUUUUCCAGGACCCAGACUGCAUCGGUGUACCUAUAGUGUCACACCAGCCUGUCCACCGGCACACUGUGAAUCCCUCCAGCUGGCUCAGUGACUACACUACACCACUUUGGCACCACUGUGUGCCAGCUCUGUUUUAGACCUAGUCAUUUCUGAAUACAGAAGAUGAACGGUCUGUCCAUACGAGAACUAUGCUGCCUUUUCUGCUGCCCCCCUUGCCCCAGUCGCAUCGCAGCCAAGCUGGCGUUCCUCCCUCCGGAGCCCACCUACGCCCUCCUUCCUGACCCAGAUCCAGUUUCUGGAGCAGGAACCACCUCUGGGUCCGGCUCCGGAACUGCUCUUCCAUCUCUGGGAGCACCGGGGCUGCGUUCCCGGCUAGGUGCUGGGAGUGGAAGUGAUAGAGGAGGUGGAGGAGGAGGAGGUGGCGGAGGAGGAGGAGGAGGAGGAGGUGGAGGCAGCAGCGGCGGCAGCAGUAGUGGUGGUGGUGGAGCAACUGGCAGCGCAAGUGAAGGCAGGUGGAAAUUGCAUCUCACCGAGAGAGCAGAGUUCCAGUAUUCACAAAGGGAACUGGACGUGACGGAUGUGUUCCUGACUAGGUCCAAUCGAGGGAACCGGGUGGGCUGCAUGUACAUUCGCUGUGCUCCAAAUGCUAGGUUUACUGUACUCUUUUCCCACGGCAAUGCAGUCGACCUGGGCCAGAUGAGCAGCUUCUAUAUUGGCUUAGGCACACGCAUCAACUGCAACAUUUUCUCCUAUGAUUACUCAGGCUACGGUGUUAGCACUGGCAAGCCGUCUGAAAAAAACCUAUACGCUGACAUUGAUGCCGCCUGGCACGCCCUGCGCUCUCGGUACGGCAUCAGCCCUGAGAACAUAAUCCUGUAUGGACAGAGUAUCGGUACAGUCCCCACAGUGGACUUGGCUUCACGUUUCGAGUGUGCUGCGGUGGUCCUUCACUCUCCCCUCACCUCUGGAAUGAGAGUGGCAUUCCCUGACACCAAGAAAACAUACUGCUUUGACGCCUUCCCUAACAUCGAGAAGGUGUCAAAGAUCCCGUCUCCAGUGCUCAUCAUCCACGGUACAGAGGACGAGGUGAUUGACUUCUCUCACGGCCUGGCCCUGUUUGAGCGCUGCCCUAAGGCUGUGGAGCCCCUGUGGGUGGAGGGGGCCGGUCACAACGACAUUGAGCUUUACAGUCAGUACCUGGAGAGGCUACGGCGCUUCAUCAACCAGGACCUUGCUGCACAGCAUGCCUGAGAAACAAACAGCAGCUCCUCUGCAUCGGAAUGAAUGAGAACGUGUGUGAGAGAGACGGAGGGUAUCAUCGUGUAGACCUUUAAAAAAAAAAGAAAAGAAAAGGGAUGUGUGAUUUUUUUUUUUCCCCCACAUCUGUGCAUCUUUGAAGGAGCACACCUGAAGGUUAAUAUCAACAUAGCAUCUCUCUUCUGAUUCUCAUUUUAAAGGUGAGACUGUUCUACUGUUGUUUUUUUUAAGCUAUUAUCAUCCUUCAUCCAUCUGUUUGGUGUCCUAUGAUGGAAGUUCUAAAACAAAAACUUAGCUAUAAAAGGAAACUACCAUUUUUUUUUUUUUUAAACAUGGGAAGAAUUGUUAGUCGCAGCUUUAAACUCUACGUUUACUCGCAUGAGUUAAGAAGGAAGUAUAAUAUGUCCAAAAGAAGCUGACAGGUGUAACUUUUAGUGUGAAUACAUGUGAGUGGAUGACUGUCUACCCAUAUCUCCAUGGACACCUGAGUGCUGCGCAUGUAUGGGAAUGUGACGCAGUGCUGGAAGACCUGGACGUCCUGAUGGACGAGAGAAAUGGAGACGACUUAUCAACCUUGGUGUUUAAUAGUGUUUUUAAACUAAUGAAUGAAUGAAGAAUACCUCCACAGCUGGACCAGUUCUCUCUGCAGUGGACAAACACUGGUCAAGCAUGUGAACCCAGCCCCUCUUCAUCCUCCUCCUCCUACUCCCUGUUCACCAGUUAAUGGACAACCAUUUGACUGCCAGGGCAUUUUAGAGUUAUUACCUAGCUAACACUAACCUACUUUUUUGGGGGCGUUUUUUUGUGUUUUUCAUGAGGGUCCAGCAUCUGCUGUCUGCAGCAGAUCUACAAAGAUGAGUCUGGAAUACUGGUGUAGCUUGUACGGCUUUAGGUAUCCGAAUGUUUUCUCCUUUUUUUUUUGUUUUUAGACAAUUGGCCAGCUUCUGUUGCUUUGCUUUUACAGUGGUAAUGAAAAACUAUAUUUAUAUAUUUCUUGGGCAUUCUCCGCCCCCAACACUCCAUAUCCUAAGCAGCAGUGGUUGAAGUGAAAACGAGGCCUCAGUCUGAGCCACACUGAGGAUGUCUGCAGUUACGUGGCUGUUUUUUUUUUUUAGGCUCAAGGGGGAAACGACUAUAGAAGCGGAGGCUUAUGUCAUAUUGGAGGUGUUUACUUUGAACAGAAGGCAGUAAUCCUUCAGGGUUCACUGAAGUGUAACGUUUAAAGGCUGGACAGAGUCUGCUGACAUAAUAACAGCUGACGUAAAUCACUUUUAAAGGAGCCGGUUGACAUUUUGAAGAGUUAACUUGUUUACCUUUUCAUUAGGUGGUAGAUGAGAAGAAUUAGAACACAAGUGCCAGCAGUCAUGAUCAUCAUCUGGUGUGUUGUUGUUUUUUACCUCUGGAAAAAAAGAAAGAAAAGUCAGGCUACUUGUUUCCCCAUUGUUUCCUGCACUAAUACUAACCUAAGAAGACACGCUGCUAGCUUUUUAUUUAUUUCACCAUUUUAUCAAUGUUUUUCUUGAAGCCUCUGCAAAAAAAAAAAAAAUGGACACAAGCUAAUUUUUAAAUUGCUGAGCUACUCUUAUACAUUUAAAAUGUGGUAAUUAGUUAUGUAAAUACGUGAUUGUUUUUUAAUUAGUUGGACAGCACACCAAACAGAGAUUUUUUUACAUUACAAGUACAUUAUGCAGGAAUUUUUCAUGCAGGAAAAAGUAAUAUGAUUAGCUGUCAAGAUUAGCAUGGCCAGCUAGUUCUAAGAAAUGCACUGUGUGAUAGACAGACCUCUAGUAACACUGUGACCAAACAAUUAUUAACCACUAAUUUGACAUGAUUUUAUCCUCGAGCAGCAAAAAAUACUUUAAAAUAUUUCUACCUGUGACCUCUGCAUCUUCUUGUGCAUUCAUUGGUUGGUCUGAGCUGCAUUAUCGCCACCUGCAGGGUCGUUUUGCUUCAAGUAAAUGUUUCUAUCAAGUUCCUAAAGAAAGGAAAAAAACACACAGAUGAGACUAUGCAGUGGCCCGCAGGUCUGACCAGUGUCACUACUUGUGUAUAAUUCUGUUUCCUUCUUGAAGGAAAUUCCUGCAUACUCUACUUUUAAUGGUUUCCAAGGGAGAGCAGCUGUUCAUUUGAGCAGUCUGCGUUCAGAAUAAAUAUCCUUCAUCAAAAUCAUUCUAAUUAAUGUGUAGUCUUACGGCCUCAUUUGUUUUCACAGUCCUGCUCCAGUGUCAUUCAUCACUGGGCCUGGACUGUUCUGGCUUCCUGCUCAAUUUCAGCCCAGCACAUUUUUCUACUUCUAACGUGCUUGUCUUGUCGAUGUAAUUAAUCUGAACGUGUUUGUCGUAGUGUAGAGCCAUGGACUGUUUUUCUCAGAAACGUGUGUUGAUGUUCAUAAACAAAUGAUGUGAUUCUGACCGGGUGCCAGGACGGGAUGAUGCGUCUACUCCAGCUCUGUUUUUUAAACCUCUGCGGCCCCAAAUGUAGGAGCUCUCUUAUGGAUGGAGGCAGGUGUCCGCGCCUGACACAAGCCAUAUUUGAGCCUCUCACUGUCAGUGUGGUGCAGGUUCCACCACACAAAUACCCCCCCACACACACACACGCACACACACAGUGAAACACUACAUGUAUACCCGUACUGUACUUAACAGUAUAUUUACACAUUUAUAUAUAUGUAUAUGUAUCAGAUCAAGCAUGGCAAAGCAGGUCUUAAGUUCAGCACUAUUGUACAAAGCAUCUAAAUUGUAAUAAGGGUGUAAAAUUUUUGUUAGUCAUCAUACUCACGGUCGACUGUCUUCGACAGACCAGCAUUUAGGAUCCAACCUCCCAUUUGAAUAAGUACGUAACGCCUCUUGUGUUUUUGCCUAAAAAAAAAAGUUUUGUUUUUUUUUUUCUUCCAAGUUUCAGGUCUGCGCAAAGGCGUCUGCACUCCAGACCCAUCAUGUUCAAUGAUACUUACUGUGUUUAUACCUGAUUGACUCCAUUUUGGGAGUACACACGUGGCUCGUGGUCGAGUGGUAGAAAGUUUAGGGAACACCACUUGUUCGCUCGCCGUCAUCGUUCUGAACAGGGAACCUUGCCAUUCUCCUCCUUUGCUUUGAAGCCUAUAUGAAAAUGUAAAUAAUGGAAACCUGUUACCAAGUCGAUCCAGGGAUCUGAGCUCUCAGACGAAGCUGGAGACAGUAGAAGUUUUUUUUCCUGAAAUAUACAAGUAGGCCUCAGUUUAGGUUUUUCUCUUUUUUAUUUUCUAGUCAGUUUGUGAUAUCAGGGAAACCACUGGAUCCACUUUUUCAUUCACGGGGUUUUGGUUCCAGAAAUAUGGUGAAAAGUAAAAACCUUUUUAUUGAUGCACCACUAUGGUUAGACGUACAUUAGUAUCCUCUGGCCCUGAAUGUUUAUCGAUGCGGGGGUCGGGGUGUGAAACAGUGAAACUGUAUGCAUGUUUAUUGUGUUUUGCGGAGAAAAUGACAGGGCGAGACGUGAUCUCUGUUGUGUAUUUUGUGUGAGGAUAAAGCCGAACUCAUAGCAUAUGAACAUUGAAGCGCUUUAAAAAAUUUAAAUAAAGUAAAACACAGGAUGUUCAGUUGAUUUUUGUUUUCCUUUUUUAAACGCUGAUACUAACUGAUGUAUUGUUAUGAGAUUUGUGCUAGAGUUUGAGUGGGCAGGUGGGGGGGUCGGGUGGGGGGUAUAUCAUAUUAGUGGGCCGUUUGUAUGGUUACUGUACUUACCUAUUCUAUUCUUUGUAUUAUGAUUUGUAAUUUUAUGUUGCUUUUUGAACUAAGAAUAUGAUGUAUUGAAAUAAAUUCAUGGGACUGAAUCUUGACCUUUUUAUGGACAACAAAAUAAUAAAAAAAACACUUAUGUACGAA